AUGCCUACAUGCAUUUACAUACAUCAGCACAUGGAAUGGGAAGGCGGUGUUUUUGGGUUAGAGCACCGGUUGGACCUGUCCAGCACACGUCCAUGUGAGGAACAUCCUCCAAUGGUACAGAUCGUUGCAUUGUCCGAUGAAGCUCUGGCUGAACUUGAUAAGGAUAUGUACGCUCGCAUGGUGGAAGAUGGCAGAUCUGUGGAAGACCUCAAACAAGCGCUUGCAACAGAGACUGGCUUCUCAAGGUUCCAGCAAAGGCUCCUAGCCGAUGGCACUGGCCAGUCGGAGGAUAACAUGCCCUUGGCGUCCACGGCACGAAUGCAGCUGGUCAUGUCAGAUUUUGCUUUUGAUGAAAGAUCCCAGAAAGCCCUCAUGCGUGCAUGCAGAAACAAGCGUGCCGACAAAGUCGAGAAGCUUCUUCAAGAAGCACAGGAUCCCAACGAGGGUGGUGGCAACAUUCCUAUUCACGCCGCAGCUAUGUCGGGCGACCUAGAAGUGCUGCAGCUGCUGGUGGAAGCCAGAGCUGAUAUAAAUGGGGCAAGUCGUGGAAAAACAGCCUUGGAUUUGGCGGUGGGACGUGGUGAGAUUCAUGGUUACUUCCAUGUCUUCCAAUUCUUGGUGGAAUCCGGAGCCUACGCAAACGGCUACCACUUGUUUGUGGCAGCGUUUUGUGGCAGUUUGGAAGCUUUGGAAUUGUUCCUGCAGGCUAGAGCAGACAGGAACUAUGCCCUUGAGCAUUAUCCUACCCCUUUGCACUUGGCAGCAGAGCCUGGGUGCUCGGAAAUGGUGCGAUUGCCAGCUGAAGCUGGAGCAGACAUCGAUGCAGCAAUCAGAGGCUUGGUGUGUUUGCCACCUUGGGUGUUGAUGCCAACGUUGACGCCAGCUUGCAAGUCGAUGCCGGCUGGCAAUGCUGUAAGACGUUGA